AUGGCAGAUGGUGACACGGAGGAGUAUAACGGACAGCAUUAUGAACGCAUGGGCGCCUCCAUCCUCCGACUCUUCUUCCACGACUUCUUCGUCCAGGGCUGCGACGCGUCGCUGCUGCUGGAUGACACUGCCAGCUUCCAGGGCGAGAAGAUGGCGACGCCCAACAACGGCUCCGUCAGAGGCUUCGAGGUCAUCGACGCCAUCAAGUCCGCCGUCGAGAAGGUCUGCCCCGGCGUCGUCUCCUGCGCCGACAUCCUCGCCAUCGCAGCGAGGGACAGCGUCGUCAUCCUGCAACGACGAUGGGUGCACCUGGGCGGGCCCAACUGGGACGUCAAGGUUGGGAGGAGGGACUCCACCACGGCGAGCUUCAGCGGCGCCAACAACAACAUCCCGCCGCCGACGUCGGGCCUCGCCAACCUGACCUCCCUCUUCGCCGCGCAGGGACUCUCCCAGAAGGACAUGGUGGCGCUCUCCGGAGCCCAUACCAUUGGCCAAGCACGCUGCACCAGCUUCAGAGCCCACGUCUACAACGACACCAACAUCGAUGGCGGCUUUGCAAGAACGAAGCAAUCAGCAUGUCCUCGAACCUCAGGUUCAGGUGACAACAAUCUGGCUCCUCUGGACCUUCAAACCCCAACCGUAUUUGAGAACAACUACUACAAGAAUCUUGUCUGCAAGAAGGGGCUUCUGCACUCUGACCAGGAGCUCUCCAACGGUGGAUCCACCGAUGCACAGGUCCGAUCGUACGUUAGUAGCCAGAGCGCAUUUUUCGCUGAUUUCGUGACGGGCAUGAUCAAGAUGGGUGACAUCACACCACUGACGGGCUCCAACGGGGAGAUCAGGAAGAACUGCAGGAGGAUUAACUGAAGAGGCAGUGCAAUAGCACACGCACUAUCCAUCGAGACAUCUCGAUAAUGAUACUAUCUUGCAAGUUAAUUUGUAUUCUCUCUGUUUUUAUUUGCAUGAACAUUUGUGAAAUCUCGUUAUGAUGUGUACCAAUGUGUUCAGAUAUGAUGUCUGUUCGUUUAAAUUGAUGUUUAAUCUAA